GGCACGGGGCAGUGGGAGCCCGGGGCAGCGGGAGCCCGCGCCGGUCGCGCGCAGCAGCGGGCCCGACGCCGCGGCUGCCGCCCGGAGCUCCGGUUUCUGGGAUUAGUGAGAACAUGCAGCUGUUGGUGUCUUUCAGAUGCAGCCUAGUUUUGUCUGUCUUCCUGGUCAGAAAAAGCAACAACACAACCUGGAAGUUUCUCCCUGAAGUACUAUCCUCAGCAGAACUAUGGCUGAGGAAGAAAAUCGGACUGCAAGGAGAACUGAGUGCAUUAAGGAAACGGCAGGGCUGAACUCACCAUCUGGAAGAUAGUACUGAACUUAACUGUUGGGAAAGCCAGCAAACAGCAGGUUUCAGGGAGCAUGAAAAGGCAGGGCAGCCCUUUUCAACAAAGAGGGAGAAAUUGCUGUGCUCAGGUCCUCACCUUUCAGCAGUGACUCUGUGAUGCAAGUUCCAGGAGUCUCUCUAUCUGUGAUGAACUUCUCCAUAGCCUCUUCUUGCUGACAUUUGCCCAAGUGCUGGGCACAAAUGGGAAGGAUGCUGAAGAAUGGGUACCCCCCUUUUGGAUUUUAGAACAUGGGCACUUGUAUAAAGAAGAUGCAGCUCUGAUCCUCGGCUGUGUGUCUCACCGAAGGGACCUGAUGUUUUACGUUAUUGGUGGGAUCACAGUAUCUGUGGUAGCCUUCUUCUUCACCAUUAAGUUCCUCUUUGAGCUUGCCGCACGUAUAGUCAGCUUCCUUCAGCAUGAGGACCGGGAACGUCGAGGGGAGCGAACUAUUUAUGACUACGUGCGAGGCAACUACCUGGACCCCCGGUCCUGCAAAAUCUCCUGGGAUUGGAAGGACCCCUAUGAGGUGGGCCAUAGCAUGGCCUUCCGAGUGCAUUUAUUCUAUAAGAAUGGGCAGCCCUUCCCUGCUCACCGGCCUGUGGGGCUGCGAGUUCACAUCUGCCAUGUGGAGCUAGCAAUUGAUAUUCCUGUAACCCAGGAAGUUCUUCAGGAGCCUAAUUCCAAUGUGGUGAAAGUGGCCUUCACUGUGCGCAGGGCUGGGAGAUAUGAGAUCACUAUAAAACUCGGUGGCUUGAAUGUGGCCUACAGCCCCUACUACAAGGUGUUUCAGCCAGGGAUGGUUGUUCCCUCCAAAACCAAAAUUGUCUGCCAUUUCUCCACUCUGGUGCUGACCUGUGGGCAGCAGCACACCCUGCAGAUUGUUCCAAGAGAUGAGUAUGACAAUCCCACCAGCAAUUCUGUGUCCCUGAUAGAUGAGCACAAUUACAGCCUCUCAAUCCAUGAGCUGGGUCCUCAGGAAGAAGAUGAGAGCUCUGAUGUUUUGUUUGAGAAGUCUGUGGUGUCCAAUCGGCAAACUUGCCAAGUGUUCUUGCGACUCACCUUGCACCGUAGGGGAUGUUUCCAUGCCUGCAUCUCCUACCAGAACCAGCCCAUAAGCAAUGGUGAUUUUGACAUCAUUGUCCUAAGUGAGAAUGAAAAGAACAUUGUAGAACGCAAUGUGUCCACCUCUGGUGUCAGUAUUUACUUUGAAGCCUACCUUUACAAUGCUUCUAGUUAUACCAACACUCAAUGGCACCUCCCACCCACACACCUGAGCUCCUCCCAGCGCCGUCCUUCUACUGCAACUGAGGAUGAGGAUGAAGAUUCUCCCUCUGACAGCCAAACUCCUGAGAAAGUGAAGAAACCUAAAAAAGUGUAUUGCUAUGUGUCACCUAAGCAAUUCUCAGUAAAAGAAUUCUACUUGAAGAUAAUUCCUUGGCGCCUUUUCACCUUUAGAGUGUGUCCUGGCACAAAGUUUUCAUACCUUGGUCCUGACCCUGUGCACAAACUACUGACACUGGUGGUGGAUGAUGGGAUCCAGCCCCCUGUGGAGCUCAGCUGCAAGGAGAGGAACAUCUUGGCAGCCACUUUCAUUCGCUCUCUGCAUAAAAACAUAGGAGGCUCAGAGACCUUCCAGGACAAAGUGAACUUCUUUCAGCGGGAGCUGCGUCAGGUGCAUAUGAAAAGACCUCAUUCGAAGGUCACGCUGAAGGUCAGCCGUCAUUGUCUGUUGGAGUCGUCUCUUAAAGCAACACGGAAUUUUUCUGUUUCUGACUGGAGCAAAAACUUUGAAGUGAUUUUUCAGGAUGAAGAAGCUCUGGACUGGGGAGGUCCACGCAGAGAGUGGUUUGAGCUCAUCUGUAAGGCGUUAUUUGAUACCACCAAUCAACUCUUUACCCGUUUUAGUGAUAACAACCAGGCCCUGGUUCAUCCAAAUCCAGGGCGCCCCCCACACUUACGACUUAAAGUGUAUGAGUUUGCAGGCCGCCUGGUGGGGAAGUGUCUUUAUGAAUCGUCUCUGGGCGGUGCUUACAAACAACUGGUGCGAGCUCGUUUCACCCGAUCCUUCCUGGCUCAGAUCAUAGGACUUCGUAUGCAUUACAAGUAUUUUGAAACGGACGACCCAGAAUUCUAUAAAUCCAAGGUUUGUUUCAUAUUGAACAAUGAUGUGAGUGAGAUGGAUCUGGUCUUUGCUGAAGAGAGGUACAGCAGAACAGGACAGCUGGAGAAGGUGGUUGAACUUGUGACAGGAGGGGCUCAGGUGCCAGUAACCAAUGAAAACAAAAUCUUGUAUUUGAAUUUGCUUGCGCAGUACAGGCUGGCCAACCAGGUUAGAGAGGAGGUGGAUCACUUCCUGAAAGGUCUUAAUGAGCUAGUUCCUGAGAACCUCUUGGCUAUUUUUGAUGAGAAUGAGCUAGAGUUGCUUAUGUGUGGUACUGGGGACAUCAGUGUCUGUGACUUCAAGACACAUGCUGUAGUGGUAGGAGGAUCUUGGCAUUUCCGUGAGAAGGUCAUGAGGUGGUUUUGGACUGUGGUCUCCAGUUUCACACAGGAAGAGCUGGCCAGGCUCCUGCAGUUCACAACUGGUUCCUCCCAGCUGCCCCCAGGAGGGUUUGCUGCACUCUGUCCAUCUUUCCAGAUCAUUGCGGCUCCAACCCACAGUACGUUGCCGACAGCCCAUACUUGCUUUAACCAGUUGUGCCUCCCAACUUACGACUCCUAUGAAGAAGUGCAUAAGAUGCUGCAACUAGCCAUCAGCGAGGGUUGUGAGGGCUUUGGCAUGCUGUGAUUUUUUUUUCCCCUUUCCAGGAGCCUAGCCAGCCUCCUGGCUCUUCAUGGCAAGGCCCAGGUUCAGUCCACUGCUUGUUCUCCUUCCCUUCAUGUGGACAAUGGAGGCAGAGCACAGACUCCACGUAAAGGAAUCUGUUAUUCAGAAGAUGUCACGUGGCCUUUCCCUAUCCACAGUAUGUCACCAAGAGCUCAUCUUUUCCCUUUCCCUCAUUCCCCUUUCGGUUCAGUGUGGAACAGCAAAAGCACUCUGGUGCAUCCAUCAGGAAGGUAUUGCACUGGAUUUCCCUGCACCUCAAACACUCUUCCUUUCAUGAGAAGAUGAAGCCCAUGAGCAGAAGUUGCAGUGAGGUGCAGAUCUGCUGAGCUGCCUUUACUCUAGCUGUCUGGGAGGAAGGGGGAAGACUAGCUUGGAGCUCUGCUGGAAACCUGGCUUGCGGGAAGCCUUAGUAACUUUCCAUGCUUUGGCUCAAGUCCCCCUGUGACGCUCCCCCAUAGCUCAUCUAACUCAAUGGCUCAUGAAGGGUACAGGGUUGUCCCUCCUUUCAGCACCUGGCACAGAGGGUUUCUGGUUCUCCUCCAUCUUGCUGUGGAUGCUGCUGUCUGUCAUCUCUGCCAGAGAUCAAAAAUGGUCAGUAUAUACUUGAGAAAGUAACCCAAAGGGGAGAACAAUCUCAUGAGAGCACAAGUGCUGGCCCUGGCAGUGAUUCUGUACUACCUCCACCAGGGUCCAGCAGCAGAAGCGUCCUUCUCCAGCAGCGGCUGGUAAUGAGCCUCUGCAAAUGAACUGGAAGAGGAGUUUCUCUUCCACUGAAUGUUUCUGACAGCGAUUUAUGAUGUUGCAUAGGAAGCUGUCCCAUGCCCUUGCCUUCCUUUCCCUUCCUCAGGAGAGAGGGGAUGGGCAUUACUGUGAUCCCUCAAUGCUGAGCACCUAUGCCUAUCCCACAUUCACCUUCAGGGUAUAUAUGUAUGUAGUAACAGUGGUAGGUCUGUAAGCAGCUACAAUGUGCACUGGGCUUGUCUUUGUACAGAAGUGCAGCUGGGGUAAUGAUACUGGGUAGAACAUGGUACCUCUGCCCUGGUAUCCCACAGGGUCUUGGCUUCUACCUCUGUCAUACGGUAGCCUGGGGCAUCUCUUUCUCUACUGUGUUUCAGGCAGGGUUUCCAGGGGGAUGUUGCUGCCUGGAGAGCAGCUGGUUUCCCCUCCUCCCAAUCUUCCUACCUUUCCUUUCUUAAACUCUCCUUUCUUGCUGUUCCAUUCAGUGCUGCUGGCUUUCCAGCACAAAAUGCUAACUAGCACUUCACCACAGUGAAUCCUGCAUGGGUAGUAUAUCACACCAUUGUCUGGCUUGUGGGGAGUAGGGUGGACAAACCAGCAUGAGAAGUAAGCUUAUGAUUGGGGUGUGUUAUUGCUGGCAGUCUGUUCAGUCCUUCCCAAGGAAAUAAAGGGAAGGGGAGUCUGGGAAUCUUGAUGGGUUCUUCAGUGAAGCAAAAUUCAAGGAGAUCUUUAGGUUUUCAACAGUCCCUUAGUUCAGGUCAGGAGCCAAAGGUCUGCUGGCAAAUGGCAAGCAUGAGAAACCUGUAUUGCUACUGCCAUAUAAGUAAUGUAAACUUUCACUGGAUUAGAGUUACAGGAUUUUUUCCAGAAUGGGGUCUCAAACUGGCAUCUCUGAGCUAAUUUUAGAACAUAAUGUCAGAUAAAAAGUCACAGCAUCCUCUUCAGCCCCUUUUUUUUGCUGUCCUUGAGCUGCUCUAGGCAGACUGCUGCACAGUAUAGAUUUAAGACAACUGUGUGUGCUUCUCCAAUAUAGCUGAAUUGACUAGGAAUUUGGGGAAACAUUCUACAUCUAGAAAAUCUCUUUAUUAAGGUAGCAUCUUAGCUAUUCUUAGGCUAUAUGUGUCACUUCUGUACAGAAAUAAUAACCCAUUAUGGUGCCAUAAAGCAGCCAGCUGAGCAUUGAGACUACUCAGGGGGAUUUCUUAGUCUUGUGAAUUCAUUCCCUCACUGGCAUUGAGGUGCUGGGAGACUGCCAGCUUGAGAGUUGCCACAGUUGCACUCUGACAGAUCACUUCAGUAGUGGCUGUGCUCCCUUUUUUAGUGCAGGCUCCCUUCUGUAAAGUCCCAGCCUCCUUUGGGUGAAGAGUAUGGUACCAUUUUAUUUACACUAUGGAUGGCUUCUGUGGCCAGUACAGUUACAGCUCCUGCGUUCUCUGUGCCACCACUUCACUGCUUCCUCCAGGGACCAAGAGGAGGCAGUGAUGCUUGGCCUAACCCCUUUUCAUUGGGAGGCAUAGCUUGGUGCUGUUCCCAUGUUGCAGCUUUGUCCUGCAGUUUUACCUGGCAAGGAUGUUUCCAGCCUUGUGGCUAUGGGCAGACUCAGCCAAUGACAUCUUCCUCAGGAACCUUCUCCCGUCUUCUUUUGAGCUGGACUGUUAUUACUCUGAGGACAAAGUUGGUGGGCAGUGGGCAGACUUCCUCUGCUUGAAAGAGCUCCUAAAUGCUUUACAAUGUGUUGCAGCCAGCACCCCUCACUUCUCAGCAGCUAUGUAGAUGCCAAGGAUUUUCUUCAUAAUACAAGCACAGUCAGAAUUGUGAUGGAUGCUCUUAAUCAAAGAAGCCCAUCUGUGUUGUUUCCACAGGCCUGUAGCUGGUCCCAUGGGCUCCUGGGCUCCAUCACAACAUUUCUAAAUUUCUGUUUAGCUCUAUAUCCUUCUCCAGCAUGUUCGCUCUAUGUUGUUUCCACAGGCCUGUAGCUGGUCCCAUGGGCUCCUGGGCUCCAUCACAACAUUUCUAAAUUUCUGUUUAGCUCUAUAUCCUUCUCCAGCAUGUUCGCUCUUAUGCUGCCCUUACGGUGGCAGCAGGGAUGCGCUGUCGUCACCUGUACUGUGUUUACUCUAGCAGAGGCUUGUUACCUUUUUUAUUUCUAUUUUUUGAUCCUUUAUUCCCACUUAAUAGAGGCACUUCUGUAGAAACCUUUAGGAUCCUGUUACCAUCUCAGACAAGUUCCAUGUUUCCUGAAGCUGCUUUGAGGUGCAUGUGGCCUGGCUUCAGCCCGCUUCUGCAGGCCAUGUUGCAUGCUUUUAGAAACCAGGAGCUGUGGAUGAUACAGGUCAGAUCUGAGUUCCCUCUGGUGAAUUCCUGUCAGAGUUCAGCUGAAAUUUGGAAGCCUGUGGUUGUAGUAGCUGAUUUUGUAAAUAGUUUGUAUAAUAAAUAAAAUAUUUAAAAAAUG